UCGUUUCAGUGGAGGCUCCAGUAGAACCCGACCAUGGCGGAGAGGAGAGCAGCAGUGGAGGCAGCAGCAGAACCGGACUUCCUGCAGUCCAACGAUCUGGCCUGUGAGGCGGUCGGGGGGAAGGUGAUUUUUGCCACAGACGAAUGGUUCGCUCCUGCUGCCAACCUGCUGAAGAGAGAACCGCCGCGGUUCAGCCCGUCUGCCUUCACCGAGUUUGGGAAGUGGAUGGACGGAUGGGAGACGAGGAGGAAGAGGACGACGGGUCAUGACUGGUGCAUCGUCCAGCUGGGAGUCCCAGGACGGAUCUCCGGCCUCGAUGUGGACACGUCCUUCUUCACGGGAAACCACUCGCCCUCCGUCUCCAUCCAGGCCGGCUGUCUGGAUAAACCUCCUCUCUUCACUCUGGAAGGAGACAGAACCGGCAUGGCCGCCUCCGACAGUCAGCUGGCUGCUGUCGCCAAGCUGGGCUCGGAGGCGUGGCCUGAGCUGGUGUGUGUGUCGGAGCUGAAGCCUGGAUACUCAGACUGCUGCCAUAACUACUUCAAGGUCAACUUCAACCACAGAGUCACACACCUGCGCCUCAACAUGCACCCAGAUGGAGGGAUAGCCAGGCUUCGUGUUUACGGUGUCGGGCAGAGAGACUGGUCGUCUGUCUCACCCAACCAGGACGUCGACCUGCUGGCUCUGACCAAUGGGGGAGUCUGCCUCGGCUACAGCGACGCCCACUUUGGACAUCCACGCAACAUGAUUGGUCUGGGCCGAGCUGUCAACAUGGCCGACGGCUGGGAGACGGCGCGCAGACUGGACCGACCGACACACCUGAAGGUGGACCAGAGGGGGAUCCUUCAGGUCCCCGGUUCUGAGUGGGCCGUGUUUCGUCUCGGUCAUCCUGGACUCAUCAGCAGUGUCGAGGUCGACACCAACCACUUCAAAGGUAACUUCCCGGACUCCUGCAGGAUCGACGUUUGUUCUUUGACCCCAGAGGAGGAAGCUCGGUGCAUCAGAAACAGAUGGAAUUCUGGGAAAUGGCAGCUCCUCCUCCGCCCUCAGAAGCUUCGUCCUCAUCACAGACAUCUCUUCGUGGAGGCCGAUCUCUCUCCCGUCUCACCCGUCACUCACCUCCGUCUGGUCAUCAGCCCUGACGGGGGGGUGAGUCGGCUCCGGCUCUGGGGUCGACCUUUGACCCCGAUCACUGCGGCUCCGACCAAUCAGAAGAGAGCGGCGUCCAAACUGUGACGAGCUUCUGAUCCUCGUUUAACUGAGUAGAAAGAAAACAUGAAGUGUGAUGUCAUAAAUAAUAAUGUGAACAUCCCAUAAUAAUCCUUCUCACUGUCAAUCAUUCCACCGGUUCCUCUGUAGCUUCACUUCACUGAGACGCCAAACAAGAAGUUUAAUUAAACUUUAAACUAAAGUAAACAUCACGUUGUUUAAACCAUGAACUCUGUUUGAUUAAACUCAUUUAUUUAUUAAA